AGGGAAGAGAGCUCUCUGAGAUAUAUAUAUAUAUAUAUAUAUAGAGAGAGAGAGAGAGAGAGAGAGCGUGAGAGUGAGUUUCAGUCCUCUGUUUCUUCAGUGGCUCUGUUCUUCUCUGUUUUGCAGGUUGAGGAUAAGGAGAAGUAAUUAUAAUGACGUCGUCUCUCAGUAGGGACCUCAUCUUCUUGAUCUUGCAGUUACUUGAAGAGGAAAAGUUCAAAGACACUCUUCAUAAGCUUGAGCAAGAAUCAGGAUUGUUCUUUAAUCUGAAGUAUUUUGAGGAAUUAGUACUUGGUGGGAACUGGGAUGAGGUCGAGCGGUAUCUUUUGGGGUUCACUAAAGUGGAUGACAACCGGUAUUCGAUGAAGGUCUUCUUCGAAAUUCGUAAGCAGAAGUAUCUCGAGGCAUUAGAUAAACAGGAUAGAGCCAAAGCAGUAGAUAUCCUCGUGAAGGAUCUGAAGGUUUUCGCGGGUUUUAAUGAAGAUUUGUUCAAGGAAAUCACUCAGCUCCUGACAUUAGACAAUUUUAGGGAAAAUGCUCAACUAGCUAGCUAUAGAGAUACAAAGACAGCAAGAGCAAUUAUGGUCAUUGAACUUAAGAAGCUUAUUGAGGCCAAUCCUCUUUUCCGUGAAAAAAUACAGUUUCCUAACUUAAGAACUUCAAGGUUGCGGAUGCUCAUUAACCAAAGCUUGAAUUGGCAGCACUCCCUUUGUUCAAAUCCUAGACAGAAUCCUGAUAUAAGAACCCUAUUUGUGGAUCACUCUUGUAAAAAUUCCAAUGAUUCAUUCGCUCAAUUAACAGCAAACAAUCAGCUGAUGGGUUCUGUACAAAGAGUUGAUGGUUUUCUUCCUAUGGGUUCUGUACAAACAGCAAACAGUCAGCUGAUGGGUUCUGUAAAUGGGUCCUUCCAACCCCCACCAGCGCCAGUUCAUCCUCCGUUAUCCGCAUGGAUGUCUAUUCCUUCGACUGUAAAUCAUCCAGCAGCUUCUGGAGGAGGUAUUGGUUUUGGUAGUCUAACAAAUCCAGCUUCAUCAGUGAGGGGUCCUGGGGAUUCUGAUGAUUUUUUCAGAACGCGAUUCUCUGGGGUUUCGGACAGGGUUAUGUUGCCAGGGAUUAAUCCAGGUCAAAGUAGUACUACAUUUAACGCAACAGAAUUCCCCAAGACAGUUGCUCGGACUCUGAAUCAGGGGUCAGCUCCCACAAGCAUGGACUUCCAUCCUGUUCAGCAUACGCUGCUUCUAGUUGGAACUAAUGUGGGGGAUAUAAGCUUGUGGGAAGUUAGUUCAAGGGAGAAGUUGGUAUCAAGAAAUUUUCAGGUAUGGGAUAUCGGAGCAAGUUCAAUGAUGCUAAAGGCUACUCUGAUCAAGGAUCCAUGUGUCUCAGUUAAGCGUAUACUUUGGAGCCCUGAUGGUUCUCUAUUUGGAGUUGCAUAUUCUAAACAUAUAAUGCAAUUAUACACUUAUUUGGGUGGGAAUGAGAUUCGCCAGCAUUUGGAGAUUGAUGCCCAUGUUGGUAGCAUUAAUGAUCUGGCGUUCUGUAACCCGACCAAGCAACUCUCUGUCAUUACUUGUGGUGAUGAUAAGGCCAUUAAGGUGUGGGAUGCAUCAAAUGGGUCAAAGUUGUAUAGUUUUGAAGGUCAUGAUGCUCCGGUCCAUUCUGUGUGCCCUCACAACAAGGAGAAUGUCCAUUUUGUCUUUUCAACAUCAGUAGAUGGAAAAAUAAGAGCAUGGUUGUAUGACAAUCUGGGAUCUAGGGUGGAUUAUGAUGCUCCUGGCCGCUCAUGCACAACAAUGGUCUACAGUGCAGAUGGUAAAAGGCUCUUUUCAUGUGGGACAAGCAAAGAUGGAGAAUCUCAUGUUGUUGAAUGGAAUGAAAAUGAAGGUGUAAUAAAGAGGAAUUACGUAGGAUUUCAAAAACAUUCUGUGGGUGUUGUUCAGUUUGAUACAACCAAGAAUAAGUUUUUGGCUGUUGGAGAUGACUAUGCAAUCAAAGUUUGGGAUAUGGAUAAUGCCAAUCUUUUGACUAAUAUUGAUGCUGAAGGAGGCCUACCAGCAAGUCCUUGCAUUCGCUUCAACAAGGAGGGCUCUUUAUUGGCUGUUUCUGCAAAUGACAAUAGAGUCAAAAUUUUAGCUACGAUGGAUGGUCUCCGUCUGAUGCGCACUUAUGAAAGUCACUCACUUAUUUCCUUGAGAAAUGCAUCUGAGACUGUAACAAAGAAUGGUAGCACCAGAAACCUGGAUGAUGUGAAACCAAGAUUAACUGAAGAAGUCAAUACAAGGAUAUGGAAGCUCACUGAGAUCAGUGAAACUGCUCAGCUCCGGUCAUUGAGGCUCUCAGCUAUGAUGAAAUCAGACAAGAUCUCAAGGCUGACAUACAGUAAUUCAGGUAGUGCCAUUUUGGCAUUGGGAUCCAAUGCCAUCCAUCUACUGUGGAGGUGGCCACGGGGUGACCAUAAUUCGAGUAUCAAGGCGACAACCAAGGUUACCCCACAGUUAGUGCAACCGACUUCGGGCAUUCUAAUGACCAAUGAUCUUACUGGUGCUAAACCUGAAUAUGCACUACCCAGCUUUGCUUUGUCCAAGAAUGAUUCUUAUGUCAUGUCAACCUCUGGAGGGAAGAUAUCUUUGUUUAACAUGAUGACAUUCAAGACAAUGACAACUUUCAUGUGUCCACCCCCUGUGGCAACAAGUCUUGCUUUCCACCCAGACGACAAUAAUAUAAUUGCUGUUGGCAUGGAUGAUUCCACCAUUCACAUAUACAAUGCCCGUGUAGACGAGGUUAAGAACAAGCUUAAGGGUCACUCCAAAAGAGUCACGGGUCUUGCCUUCUCCCAUGUUCUGCAUACACUUGUUUCUCUUGGAGCGGAUGCUCAGCUUAUUGUGUGGAACUCUGAUAAGUGGGAAAGGCAGAAGAACUGUUUCUUGCAAAUUCCGGCUGGGAGGACACCUGCAACGAUGUUCGAAACUCAGCUUCAGUAUCACAAAGAUCAGAUACACUUCCUUGUUAUACAUGAGACUCAACUUGCAGUAUAUGAAACGUCGAAACUUGAAUGUGAAAAGCAGUGGGUUGUAGGAGAAUCUGCAGCGCCAAUCUCGCAUGCAGCAUUCUCUUGUGAUAGCCAGUUAGUGUAUGCCAGCUUUCAGGAUGCAACUGUGUGCGUGUUUAAUGCAUCAAAUCUGCAAGUGCAAUGCCAGAUUAAUCCCACUGCUUAUCUUCCACCCGAUUUCAGUUCUGCAUCAUACCCUCUAGUUGUAGCUGCACAUCCACAAGAGCCAAACCAGUUUGCUGUAGGGCUAACUGAUGGUGCAGUUGUGAUCGUUGAACCCCUUGAAUCUGAAGACAAAUGGGGUGUGCCUCCACCUGUUGACAAUGGGUUACAAAGUGUCUUCCAUACUACAUCUCCAGUCAAUGCUUCCAGUUUGGAUCAACCCUAGACUUGAUAAGGCCUAGUUAGGACUUUUGAGACUCCAUAUUUUAAUAAAGCCUUAGGAGUUUAAUUUAGUUUUCUUCUUUUUUCUUUUCUUUUGGCCAUUUCUACAGGCCUAGUUGGAUCUUUUAAAUUUCUGGGGCAAGUCCCAUAUGCUUGUGAUUUGUUCCCAGUAGUAAUUGUCUCAGACUCUUUUGCUUUGCAAUGAAAUAUUUAGCUUAUUGCUGAAGAU